AUGCCCGCAUACACCGACUCGAUAUGCGUCUUUUGCGGCUCGUCGCCCGGCACCAAGCCCGAGUACAUGGCCGCUGCAGCUAGCGUGGGUCGUGCGAUCGCCAAGCGCAACUAUCGCCUCGUCUAUGGCGGUGGCUCUCGCGGCUGCAUGAGCGGCGUCUCUCAGGCCGUGUUCGAGGCCGGCGGACACGUGCUCGGCGUCAUCCCGCAGGUCAUGGCCACAACCGUUCCCUCCGGCCAUCCGGGCCACAAACUCAACACUGUCGUCUCCAAAGAAGGCACGGGCCCCACCGUCCUCAACCCCGACGUCGGUACCGGCCAUGUGGAGACGGUGGUGGUGCAGUCCAUGCACGAGAGGAAGCAGCGCAUGGCCGCAGAGAGCAACCUCGGCUUCAUCGGCCUGCCCGGUGGAUACGGCACGUUUGAGGAGGUCAUGGAGAUGGUCACCUGGACCCAGCUCGGCAUCCACCGUAAACCCAUGGUCCUCCUCAACGUCAACGGCUUCUACUCGCCCCUGAAGCAGCAGAUCCAGCUCGCUGUCGAAGAUGGCUUCAUCAGUGCAGCAGGUGCAGAGCUCGUCAGCUUUGUCGACUGCGACGCCUCCAACGUCGACGCAGCCGGAGAAGCGGUGCUGGCCGAAGCGGUGCGUCUGGCAAGCAACAUCACCGCCAAUGGAUCCGGAUACUGGGAUUGGAACAAGCCUCAAGGUCCCGUCAGCACGGCAGAGGGAGGCAUCAUCGACAAUGCAGCCUCCAAGUCGAUCGCGCUCGCCGAGGGCGAGACGCUGGCGGUGCAGGUGUCCGACUUGACGUUCAGCUUCUAUCCGCACCUGCCGCCCUCGCUCGAGCGCUGCAACCUGCACCUCAAGCGCGGCUCGCGCUGCUUGCUCAUCGGCGCCAACGGUGCAGGCAAGUCGACGCUGCUGCGGCUGCUGGCGGGCAAGAAGCUGUGCGACUCCAAGGUUCGCGUCUUUGGCAAGGAUGUCUUCCGCGAGAGUCCCUCGGGCGUCACGUACCUCGGCACCGAGUGGGCCAUGAACCCCGUGGUGCGCUCGGACAUUGUCGUGUCCACCUUCCUCGACUCGGUGGGCGGAUACCGCCACAAGGAGCGCCGCGAUCGGCUGCUCGAUAUUCUGGACGUCGAUCUCACCUGGCACAUGCAUGCCAUUUCCGACGGCGAGCGUCGUCGUGUCCAGCUGUGCAUGGGUCUCAUGGAGCCCUGGGACCUGCUGUUGCUGGACGAGGUGACGGUGGAUCUGGACGUGCAGGUGCGCGCCGAUCUGCUCGACUUCCUUCAGCUCGAGACCGAGGAGCGGGGCGCAACGAUCAUCUAUGCCACGCACAUCUUUGACGGUCUCCAGUCAUUCCCCACGCAUCUGGCGCACAUGCGUCUCGGAACCACCACUACCACCCUGCCCAUCGACUGGCCCGCUACCAACCCCGCCGAUGUGGCUGCACUGCCUCCCACCGCGAGCGCCGAUAAGGACCGCGACCUCUCCCCGCUGCUCAAUGUGUCGCUCGCGUGGCUGAGGGAGGACAAGGUGGUGAGGGCGGACGAGGAGGCAAAGAGGGGCAGGAAGAGAGGCGCAAACAGACAGAACGAAACCACCGACUCGGAAAAGUUCUUCAGCAAGUACGACUAG